AUGCUACGGGGUCGGGGCAGUCCGGGGAGUGGCAGCGGAGCUGCCGAGAGGCACCUUGCGGAGGUGGUCCCGGCCCCGCCCGGCAGUGAGGGCACGGCCGGGGCCGGCGCUCCCUGUGGAGCGGAGCCGCAGGAAGUGGGAACCCAAGGGGGCUGGCAGGGGGGCUGGCACGGCCCCGCCCGGCCAGACCCGAGCCCGCCGCCGCCACCCACCAUGUCGCUGCCGGCGGGGAUGGAAGGGUCCCGCGGCGCCCCGCACAGCCUCGCCCCGCCACCCCAGCCGGCUCAGGGCUCGCUGUCCGCCCCCGCCGCCCCCGCCCUCCCGCCGGCGCCGCCGCCGUCACCGCUCCGCCUGGACGAGCCGCAGCGCGGCCGGCCAUGCCCAUGCCCAUUCCCGUGCCCCCCGGGCGUGCUGCCCGCACUCCCGCUCCUGCUGGCGCUGCUGCAGGUCGGCCUGGGCAGCGCCCUGUUGGCGCUGAGCUUCGCGACGGUGUGGCUUGGCAGCGCCCCGCAGGUAAAGGGCACGAGCUCCGCCUGGGCCGGCUUCUCGGCAAUGUUAUGUGGAAUCUUUGCGUUGACAACAUGGAAGAGGUCGGUGAUUUUGGUAAGUAUCAGGCUGCUUGUUCUGCUGUCUCUCAUCUGUGUUCCACUGAGCUUGACUGGAUUUAUGUUAGGAUGUCAAGGCAUUGAGUUUUUGUCCAGAGUACCCAGAUGCAAUUUGAUGGAUAAGGAAAACAAGAUUUGUUUCUGCUGUGAAGAACCUAAUCUCGUUAAAUGCACGGAAGUAGAGACGGUUCUGAAGCUAUACCAUGUGAAGUCAUGCAUUUCUGCUCAUCUUCUUCUCAAGAAAGUUCUCUUAGGCCUUUGUGUCCUGAAUGCUCUCAUCACUACAGUUUGCUUUACAGCGGUUGUCCUGCAUUACUGGCAGAUAAGUGCAUCAAGAAGAUGCUGCCUAGUAAGUGAGCACCAGGCUGGUGAACUUCAGAUUGAAGACCAAGGUCGCGUUUCGGAUCCUGAUGAUUUUGUCCCGCCAGUGCCGCCUCCCUCCUAUUUUGCAGCUUGUAAUUCUGAUCCUCCCCAGAUGAGGACACUUGUCUGUGAUGGGCUUUCCUUGCCCAAUGUUUAUGCAACACAAAUCAAUGGUGCUGAAGUGUUCUUCCAUGUGGACCCACCUCCCCCUUACGAAGAUGUGCAGAGCUCGAACACCUCUGAGCAGGGAGGUGCACUACAAGUAAGUGCCAUGAACUGUGUUGAUUCAGUGGAAGAGAGUACAGGCCAGGACUCUCAAGCUGCAGAAACAUGCGAGUCUUCCAGCAGAGCAAGGCUUUCCUCUUCAAAUGCAAGAUUGCAGAAACAAUCUAAAAGUGACGCUGUGCUUCUGCACUGCCACUCACCUCAAGGGACAUUGUUCAGAUUUGAAACUGCAACACACAGCAACAUAAAACAACUCCAUGCUGUCAUCUUGCAGAAGAGUUCAAGAGCAAGAGCUUUGAGGGGAAGACCCCAGUAUCUUAUAGACUAUGGGUCUUACACAGACAUUAAAUAGCUUGUUGCGCGGAUUCCACAGCAGUCCUCCUGCGGCAUGAGCCGUGACAUACAUGAGUUGGUGGAAAAGACCAAGUGUGUUUUAAAAUCAGAUGAGAAACAUAUGGCAGAAGCCAUCACCAAUGAGCAGGUGAUGACACCUGCCCAGGAGGCCAUGUCAUUGAGAGUCGACAUGUUACCUAUCCCAUAG